GUACUGAUUCUGAACCAGUCCUGCAUAUGAGAACUGUUUUGGUAAAGGUUUAAGUUUUACUAGAGAGGAUUUUCAAGACUGUAAGGAUGGCCAAGGUUUCAGAUCAAGAGGAGGGUCCAGGUGAAGGACACAGUGAAUUCAGUGAUAUCAUAAAGUCCAGAUCUGAUGAACACAAUGAUGUACAGAAAAAAACUUUUACAAAAUGGAUUAAUGCUCGCUUCUUAAAGAGUGGGAAGCCUCCAAUUAAGGAUAUGUUUACAGAUCUCAAGGAUGGAAGGAGACUUUUGGAUCUCUUGGAAGGGCUCAUGGGAAAUCCAUUGCCCAAAGAACGUGGUUCCACCAGAGUACAUGCUCUAAAUAAUGUCAACAGGGUAUUGCAAGUUUUACAUCAGAACAACGUGGAGUUGGUGAAUAUAGGAGGAACUGACAUUGUGGAUGGAAAUCACAAACUAACACUUGGAUUACUCUGGAGCAUUAUCUUGCACUGGCAGGUGAAGGAUGUCAUGAAGGACAUCAUGUCAGACUUGCAGCAGACAAACAGUGAGAAAAUCCUGUUGAGCUGGGUUCGACAGUCCACAAGGCCUUACAGUCAGGUCAAUGUUCUCAACUUUACCACGAGCUGGACAGAUGGACUUGCCUUUAAUGCUGUGAUCCACAGACACAAACCUGAACUCUUCAGUUGGGAUAGAGUUACCAAGAUGUCUCCAGUUGAACGACUGGAACAUGCAUUCAGCAUAGCCAAAAAACACCUGGGAAUAGAAAAACUGUUAGAUCCUGAAGACAUUGCUGUACAGCUUCCUGAUAAAAAAUCGAUCAUCAUGUAUUUGACCUCCUUGUUUGAGGUCCUUCCUAAACAAGUCACUAUGGAAGAUAUCCGAGAGGUAGAGACUCUUCCAAGGAGAUACAAACAGGAAUGUGAAGGAGAAUUUAAUAUACAGCAGAAUGUAAUGCCAGAGGAUGAGCAUGGCGAUUCUAGAGCAGAAACCCCUAGCACUGUGACAGAGGUAGAUAUGGACUUGGAUAGCUAUCAAAUAGCUCUGGAAGAGGUCCUUACGUGGUUGCUUUCAGCUGAGGACACAUUUCAUGAGCUGGAGGAUAUAACUGAUGAUGUUGAGGAGGUCAAGGAACAGUUUGGUACUCAUGAAGCUUUUAUGAUGGAGCUGACUGCACACCAGAGCAGUGUGGGUAGUGUUCUGCAGGCUGGGAACCAAUUAAUAGCCCAGGGCAACCUAUCUGAAGAAGAGGAGAAUGAAAUCCAGGAACAGAUGGCUCUGCUUAACUCUCGGUGGGAGGCUCUCAGAGUGGAGAGCAUGGACAGGCAGUCCCGCCUGCAUGAUGUAUUGAUGGAACUGCAGAAGAAGCAAUUGCAGCAGUUGUCUGACUGGUUGACUGUCACAGAAGAACGCAUUCAAAAGAUGGAGUCUGAGCCCUCAGCUGAAGAUUUAGAGUUGCUUCAAAAGCAGAUGGAAGAACAUAAAGAGCUGCAGAAUGACCUUGAGACAGAACAAGUUAAAGUAAACUCUCUAACCCAUAUGGUGGUGAUUGUUGAUGAAAAUAGUGGUGAGAGUACCACAGCUGUCCUGGAAGAACAACUGCAGAGACUUGGUGAGCGCUGGACAGCAGUUUGCCGUUGGACUGAAGAACGUUGGAACAAGCUGCGAGAGAUUAAACUACUGUGGCAGGAACUCUUGGAAGAGCAGUGCCUGUUGAAAGUUUGGCUAACUGAAAAAGAAGCAGCUUUAAGUAAAGUCCAAACAAGCAAUUUUAGAGAUCAAACAGAGCUGAGCGCAAACGUUCGGAAACUGGCAAUUUUGAAGGAGGAUAUGGGAAUGAAGCGUCAAAUGCUAGACCAGCUAAGUGAGAUUGGUCAAGAUGUGGCACAGCUCCUUGGGAGCGAAAGGGCUUCAAAUAAAAUUGACUGUGAUCUGGAGGAACUAACUCAGAGGUGGGACAGCUUGGUUCAGAAGCUUGAGGACUUCUCUAACCAGGUGACUCAGGCUGUGGGAAGUAUAGGGUUGUCCCAAGUUUCACACAGGACUGUUAUGGAAAUGGCAUCUGUAAAGGAGCAGGUGACAGUAAAAUGGUCCAAACAAGAAUUGCCACCACCUCCCCCACCAAAGAAAAGACAAAUCCCUCUGGACAUUGAAACAAAGAAAAAGUUUGAUGCUGAAAAUGCUGAGCUGUUGAACUGGAUUUCAAAAUCAAAAGCUACCAUUCAGGCCACAAACAUCAAAGAAUACAAGAAGAUGAGAGAGACUUCAAACAUGAAAGAAAAGUUGAAGGCAAUAGAAAAAGAGAGGACUGAGAAAAACCAAAAGUUAGAUGAACUGAAACAAAGUGGACAGAAUCUUUUGGAUCAAAUGGGAAAGGAGGGACUUUCUGCUGAAGAUGUGAAAAAUUCACUGGAGAAAAUACUGGCAGAAUGGAAGGAAGUGGUUGGACACUUGGAGGAAUUGGCAAGAAAGAUUAAGUACCAAGAAGAUAUAAACACUUAUUUUAGGGAAAUGGGUGAACUUGAGAAGAGUCUAAAUGAAAAGGAGGUGUGGCUAAAAGAUGUCACUUCUUCAGCAUCCCAACAACAACCUUUAGCAGCUCUAAAGGAGUCAUGCCAGCGAGAGCUCACUCAUCUGUUAAGUCUUAGUCCUCAAAUUGAACACAUGAGGGCUACCUGCAAGGUGCUUACAUCACGCCCUGCUGCACCAAAUUUCAUUCAGGAUGACUUAAAUGAUAUUACUGAUCACUUCAAAUCUGUCCAACAGAAAUUAGAGGAUCACCGCCAACAGCUAAAAAGAGAGCUAGAAAGACAGCCUAGCCAGGAGUAUUUGGAUGCGUUGAAGAGACUGAAGGAUGUAUUGAAUGAAUCUGAAUAUAAAACACAGUCUAUCAUGAACUCAAUGAAUGACCCUAGUAAAGUGGAAAAAGCCUUACAACAGACAAAGACUCUUUGUGAAAAAGUAGAAAGCCAGAAGCCCUCAGUGGAUUACCUGGUGGCUGAAACAAAAGCUUUGGAGAAACAAGCUUCUUCUGAUGUGGCAAAGAUCUACAAGCAAGAAUUCAGGCGUAUACAGGGCCAGUGGGACAAGUUAAAGGUUAAGGUUUCCCAAGAUGUUCAUAUACUGGAGGAAAUCUUAUCCAAACUAAGACUGUUUGAGGCUGAUUCAAAAGUCAUGCAGAAAUGGAUGGAUGGUGUGAAAGACCUUCUAAUGAAAGAACAGGCCAUUCAAGGAGAUUCUGAAGGGCUUCAAAGACAGCUUGACCAAUGCACACUGUUUGUUAACGAAAUGGAAAAGACUGAGCUCUCUUUGAAAGAGAUGAAAGAAGUAGAGUCUAUUUUAAGAAAUCAGCCUAUUCCAGGAGUUCAUACUUGGGCAAAAUCUAGGUUGGUGGACUGCCAGACACAAUGGGACAAACUGAGCAAACAGAUUGUUAGUCAGAAAAAUAAGUUGUCUGAAAGUCAGGAAAAAGCUAUAAACCUGAAGAAAGACUUGGCAGAGAUGCAGGAGUGGAUGACACAGGCUGAAGAGGAGUACUUGGAGAGAGAUUUUGAGUACAAGUCCCCAGAAGAGCUAGAGAAUGCUGUUGAGGAAAUGAAGAGGGCGAAAGAGGAUGUGUUGCAGAAAGAAGUGAGGGUGAAGAUUUUGAAAGACAACAUCAAGAUGUUAGCUGCUAAAGUGCCAUCUGGUGGUCAGGACCUGACAUCUGAACUUAAUGUUGUGUUAGAGAACUACCAGCUGCUGUGUAAUAGGAUCCGAGGGAAAUGUCACACUUUAGAGGAGGUGUGGUCUUGUUGGAUUGAGCUGCUUCAGUAUCUGGACCUAGAAACAGCCUGGCUAAACACACUGGAAGAAAGAGUGCAAAGUACAGAAAACCUGCCUGACAAAUUUAAUGCUGUCAAUGAAGCCCUUGAGUCCCUGGAAUCUGUCCUGCGCCAUCCAGCUGAUAAUCGAACCCAGAUUCGUGAACUGGGUCAGACUUUGAUUGAUGGAGGGAUUCUUGAUGACAUCAUCAGUGAAAAAGUGGAGGCCUUCAAUGCCCGCUAUGAAGAAUUAAGUCACUUGGCAGUGAGCAGGCAGAUUGCUUUGGAACAGCAGCUUCAGACUAUGCGGGAAACUGAUCACAUGCUCCAAGUGUUGCAAGAAAACUUAGCAGAGCUGGAUAGACAAUUGACUUCUUACUUGACAGAUAGAGUAGAUGCCUCCCAGAUGCCACAGGAAGCCCAGAAAAUUCAAGCAGAGAUUGCAGCUCAUGAAUCCACUUUGGAGGAGCUGAAGAGAAAUGCACGUUUCCUGCCUCCAGCAUCUCCAGAAUGCAGAUCCCCUCGUGGGGGAACUCAGCUGGAUGUCUUGCAGAGAAAACUCCGGGAGGUGUCUACAAAGUAUCAGCUUUUCCAGAAACCAGCCAAUUUUGAGCAGCGCAUGUUAGAUUGUAAGCGUGUCUUGGAUGGCGUAAAGGCAGAACUCUAUGUCCUGGAUGUGAAGGAUAUUGAUCCAGAUGUAAUCCAAGCUCACUUGGACAAGUGUAUGAAGCUCUAUAAAACACUAAGUGAGGUAAAGUUGGAGGUGGAGACUGUAAUCAAAACAGGACGGCAGAUUGUACAGAAACAGCAGACAGAUAAUCCCAAAGGGAUGGAUGAACAAUUGACAGCACUGAAACUUCUUUAUAAUGAUCUGGGUGCACAGGUGACAGAAGGAAAGCAAGACCUAGAAAGAGCAUCACAACUGGCACGAAAAAUGAUAAAAGAUAUUGCCUCCUUGUCAGAAUGGCUAACCACCACUGAGGCUGAGUUGGUGCAGAAGUCUACUUCUGAGAGUUUGCUUGCUGACCUGGAUAUAGAAAUUGCUUGGGCUAAAAAUGUGCUGAGGGAGCUGGAAAGGAGGAAAGCUGAUCUAAAUAGCAUCACAGAGAGCAGUACAGUGCUCCAGACUUUGGUGGAAGGCAGUGAAACUUCCCUGGAGGAGAAGCUUUGUGUCCUGAAUGCUGGCUGGAGUCGGGUUCGGACUUGGACUGAUGACUGGUGCAAUACUCUGUUGAAUCAUCAGAGCCAGCUGGAGAUCUUUGAUGAGAAUGUUGCCCACAUAAGUACUUGGCUCUAUCAAGCUGAAGCCUUGUUGGAUGAAAUUCAGAAAAAGCCAGCAAGCAAAAAGGAAGAAACAGUGAAGCGUUUAAUGGCAGAAUUAGAUGAUGUUAGUCUCCGAGUGGAUAACGUGCGUGAUCAAGCUAUUAUCCUAAUGAACGGUCGUGGGGUGUCAUGCCAGGAACUUGUAGAACCCAAGCUGGCUGAACUGAACCGAAAUUUUGAGAAAGUGUCACAGCACAUCAAAAGUGCAAAGAUGCUUGUUGGUCAGGAGCGAGUUCCUGUUAUGUCAGAACUCCACAAGCCUGGAGAGGCUUCUGCAGAUCUGGAUGAAUUUGAGAGUGAUUUACGGAACAUGUUAAAGGUUGUAGAGAAACAUAUGGAAUCAAGUGAUGAAGAGGAAAAGGUGAUCCCUGUCCAACAGAGGUUAACAGACUACUUCCCUUCAGGAAUUAGGGCCUCACCCUUCCUUACUGAUUAUUUGAUUGACAUUAACAAAGUUUUGUUAGCCAUGGCUGACAUAGAGCUAUUGCUGAAUGCACCAGAGCUCAAUACUGGUGUGUACGAGGACUUCUCGACUCAGGAAGACUCACUGAAGAAUAUAAAAGAUAUUUUGGACAAACUUGGGGAUCAGAUUGCAGUCAUUCAUGAAAAACAGCCUGAUGUUAUGUUAGAAGCAUCUGGACCUGAAGCUAUACAAAUAGGUGAUGCACUAACCCAACUGAAUGCUGAAUGGGACAGAAUUAAUAGGAUGUACAAUGAUCAUAAGUGCUGUUUUGAUAGGGCAGUUGAAGAAUGGAGACAGUUUCAUUGUGAACUAAAUGACCUCACACAGUGGAUAACAGAAGCUGAAGUGUUGUUGGCUGAUGCCCAUACACCAGAUGGUAGCCUGGAUUUGGAAACAGCUGGGAUGCAUCAGCAGGAACUUGAAGAGGGAAUUAGCAGCCAUCAGACUAGCAUUUCAGCACUGAACAGAACUGGGGAAGAAAUUAUACAGAAACUGUCUACUACUGAUGGCAGCUUCCUGCAAGAGAAACUGUCAGGGUUAAAUAAACGGUGGAAAGUAAUCACUACUGAGGUCAUGGAUAGACAGUUCAGGCUGAAAGGAGAGAAUCAGCAGCUAGCCAAUUACAGAAGGAAACUCGAUGAGCUUAGCUGCUGGUUGGAAAAUGUAGAAAAUUCCCUGGAAACCAGACUUACAUUCAAUCAUGAGGAAAACCUGCGAGAAUUAAAGAGUGUAAGUGAAGAGAUGGAAGUACAGGGGGAGAAACUGAAAUUGUUGAACAUAACUGAACCUGAACUGCUUUCUGAUAAAAACAUUGCUCCUCAGGAAAAGGACAGAAUUUCUGACUGUUUGAGGACUCUCAAUGUCAAGUGGAACAAGGUGUUCAAAGAGGUACCCGACAGAGUAAGAGAACUAGAGGUAUAUGUUGAGCAGCCUUGUUUUGUAACACAAACAAAGCCUUCUGAUGUCCAAAAGGUGGUGCUAGUAUCAUCUAGCUCAGAAAUCCGUGUUCAAACUCAGCAGGCUUUGGAACUUUCUACCCCUGCUGACCUGGAUAAAACUACAACCGAACUGGCUGACUGGUUGGUAUUGAUUGACCAGAUGCUCAAGUCAAACAUAGUCACCGUGGGAAAUGCUGAAGAGAUCAGUCGGACUGUUGCUCGUAUGAAAAUAACAAAGGAGGACUUAGACCAGCGCCACCCACAGCUUGAUUCUGUUUUUACUUUGGCUCAGAAUUUGAAAAAUAAGACUUCUAGUUCAGAUGUCAGGACAGCAAUCACAGAAAAAUUGGAGAAAGUCAAGAACCAGUGGGACAAUACUCAGCAUGGUGUGGAGGUACGGCAGCAGCAGCUAAAACACAUGCUCUCUGACAGCUUGCAGUGGGAUGUGCAGAGGCAGGAAAUGGAGCAUCUCAUGGGACAAUCUGAGAUUCGUCUGCACAUGCUUCUACAGGCCCCUAAAGAGCCACUCAUCAAACAGAUUUCUGAAAACAAACUCUUAAUUCAAGAUUUGCAUAAAGGGGACAUCACGGUGGCUGCAUUCAAUGAUCUGUCCAAUAAACUUCUCCGGGAGUACCGUGACGAUGACACAAGGAAAGUAAAGGAAAUAACUGACCAUCUGAAUACCUCUUGGAUAAACCUGAAUCAAAGAGCUGUUGAUAGGCAGAGUGUCUUGGAGACUGAACUGAAGAUAGUGCAGGCCUCCCUCAAAGAUCUAGAGGGUUUCCUCAAGUGGCUUCAAGAGGCAGAAACUACAGUUAACGUCCUUGCUGAUGCAUCCCAGCGGGAGAGUGCUCUUCAGGACAGCGUUUGCGUUAGGGAACUCAAGAAACAGAUGCAGGACAUUCAGGCUGAGAUUGAUGCCCACAAUGAUAUUUUUAAGAGCAUUGAUGGAAACAGACAGAAGAUGGUAAAAGCCCUGGGAAACUCUGAAGAAGCUGCCCUGCUCCAGCACCGUCUUGAUGACAUGAACCAGCGCUGGAAUGACCUGAAGGCAAAGUCAGCCAGCAUCAGGGCUCACUUGGAGGCAAGUGCAGAGAAGUGGAACAGAUUGCUGACAUCACUAGAAGAGCUAAUCAAAUGGCUGAAUACAAAAGACGAGGAGCUGAAAAAGCAGAUGCCCAUUGGAGGAGAUGUUCCUACUUUACAGCAACAGUAUGACCACUGCAAAGCACUUAGGCGUGAAUUGAAGGAUAAAGAGCAAACCAUUCUGAAUGCUGUAGACCAGGCACGAGUUUUCCUUGCUGAUCAACCAAUUGAAGGCCCUGAGGAACCAAGAAGAAACCUGCAAUCGAAAACAGAGUUGACCCCUGAAGAGAAAGCAUUGAGGAUUGCUAAAGCUAUGCGUAAGCAGUCCUCAGAAGUAAAAGAGAAAUGGGAAAGCCUGAAUGCCAGUGCCAACAUCUGGCAGAAGCAAGUAGAUAAAGCCUUGGAGAAACUGAAGGACUUGCAGUGUGCCAUGGAUGACCUUGAUGCUGACUUGAAAGAGGCUGAGAAUGUGAGGAAUGGCUGGAAACCAGUAGGAGAUUUAGUGAUUGACUCAUUGCAGGAUCACAUUGAGAAAACUACAGCUUUUAGAGAAGAAAUUGCACCCAUCAACUUAAAAGUUAAAACAGUGAAUGAUUUAUCCAAUCAGCUCUCUCCACUUGACCUUCAUCCAUCAUUAAAGAUGUCUCGCCAACUGGAUGAUCUUAAUAUGCGCUGGAAACUUUUGCAGGUAUCAGUAGAGGAUCGCCUUAAACAACUACAGGAAGCACAUCAGGAUUUUGGGCCUGGAUCUCAACAUUUUCUCUCCACUUCAGUUCAGCUUCCAUGGCAGAGAUCUGUUUCACAUAACAAAGUGCCCUACUACAUCAAUCACCAGACACAGACGACUUGUUGGGAUCAUCCUAAAAUGACUGAACUGUUCCAGUCCCUAGCUGACUUGAACAAUGUACGCUUUUCUGCAUACCGUACAGCUAUCAAAAUCCGAAGACUGCAAAAGGCAUUAUGCUUGGACCUGUUGGAAUUGAACACAACAAAUGAAGUUUUCAAAGAGCACAAGCUGAACCAAAACGACCAGCUCGUUGGUGUCCAGGAUGUGAUCAGUUGCCUCACUACAGUUUACAGUGGACUUGAAGAGAAGCACAAGGACCUGGUGAAUGUUCCCCUCUGUGUAGAUAUGUCUCUCAACUGGCUGCUUAAUGUAUAUGACAGUGGUCGGACAGGAAAAAUAAGAGUGCAGUCCCUGAAGAUUGGGUUGAUGUCUCUUUCGAAGGGCCUUCUGGAAGAGAAGUACAGAUAUCUUUUUAAGGAAGUGGCAGGGCCUUCAGAAAUGUGUGACCAGAGGCAGCUUGGCCUCCUCCUUCAUGAUGCCAUCCAGAUCCCCCGGCAACUUGGAGAAGUAGCAGCUUUUGGUGGCAGUAAUAUUGAGCCCAGUGUUCGUAGCUGCUUUCAACAGAAUCACAAUAAGCCGGAAAUUGGCGUCAAGCAGUUUAUAGAUUGGAUGCAUUUGGAACCACAGUCUAUGGUAUGGCUACCAGUUCUACACCGCGUGGCAGCUGCAGAAACAGCAAAACACCAGGCCAAAUGUAACAUCUGUAAAGAAUGCCCAAUUGUUGGCUUUAGGUAUCGGAGCCUGAAACAUUUCAACUAUGAUGUCUGCCAAAGCUGUUUCUUUUCUGGCCGGACAGCUAAAGGGCAUAAAUUACAUUACCCAAUGGUGGAAUAUUGUAUACCUACAACAUCUGGAGAAGAUGUGCGGGACUUCACUAAGGUGCUAAAGAACAAGUUCCGAUCAAAAAAGUAUUUUGCUAAACACCCCCGACUUGGCUACCUACCAGUGCAAACAGUUCUUGAAGGCGAUAAUUUGGAAACUCCUAUCACACUCAUCAGUAUGUGGCCAGAACAGUAUGACCCUUCCCAGUCUCCACAGCUAUUUCAUGAUGACACACACUCCAGGAUAGAGCAGUAUGCCACCAGGCUGGCCCAAAUGGAAAGGACAAAUGGCUCUUUGGUCACAGAUAGCAGCUCCACCACAGGAAGUGUGGAAGAUGAGCAUGCCCUUAUCCAGCAGUACUGUCAAACUCUGGGAGGAGAAUCACCAGUGAGCCAACCUCAGAGUCCUGCUCAGAUCCUGAAGUCAGUGGAAAAGGAGGAACGGGGAGAGCUGGAGCGCAUCAUUGCUGACCUUGAGGAAGAGCAAAGGAACCUGCAGGUGGAAUAUGAACAGCUAAAGGAACAGCAUCUUCGGAAAAGCAUAAACCCUCUCGGGUCACCCCCGGACUCUGCUGUAGCUCCCCUGCACACUUCUGAAGAUGCUGAGCUCAUUGCUGAGGCCAAACUCCUAAGGCAACAUAAAGGUCGCCUGGAGGCCAGAAUGCAGAUAUUGGAAGAUCACAAUAAGCAACUGGAGUCUCAGCUUCACCGGUUACGGCAGCUACUUGAGCAGCCUGAGUCAGAUUCCAGAGUAAAUGGAGGCUCUCCCUAUACAUCACCGCAGCAUUCUGCUCUCAGUUUUCCACUUGAUCAGGAUCUGAGCUCGCAGUUUCAUCAGUCAGGUGCAGAUGAUUUGUUAGUCCCACCUCACGAUACCAGCACAGAUUUAACAGAUGUCAUGGAACAAAUCAACAGCACAUUUCCAGCUUGCUGCUCAAGUUUCUCUGGCAGACAACAGGCAAUGUGAAGUAUUCAUUUGGAAGCCAACCAGUGUUUCCUGACAUGCAGUGCGGCCCUAUUCUACAGUGCAAAUCACAAGUUCUGCUUCAUCAGAAGACUGCCUGGGACGUGGGAACAUGCUGUUCAGCACUGACUGCGUGUUCUACUUGAAAUAGUAAAACACUGAAUACCCAAAGAUGAGGAUUUUGUGUUUUUAUAUUAAUAUGCUUUCUGUUUCUUUCUUUCCUUCCUUCCUUCUUUUUCCCUUCCUUUCCUUCUUUCUUUCUUUGUUCUUCUCCCUUUCUAUGCAACUGUAAAUUAAUGAACAGCAGAGUAUUUGGAAAUGGUUAUACAUUUGUCAUUGAUUUGUAUAAAUAUACAGCAUUGGGAAAAGGGGCAGGGGCUUUAUAUACAUUCUUUUUGAUAAUAGUAAAGAGAACUACAUAAAAGAGUUUGGAGCAAAAUGUUACAUUUAUACAUUCCUUUUGGCUCUUUGCAUUUACAUUGUAAAAUACCUUCAUUUAUCUUCUGACACGCUUAUGGUUCUGUACAGGUUAUUUAUAUUUGUGUCAAUCAUCUGACCAAAUAGAUUUCCGAAGACCCUUGAAUUGUUUUCGGGAUUGGUAAAAUAACAAGUUCGCCUAACUUGCACUAUAUCAUUAUUAUCUAACAAAAAUUGCCAGUGUGUGCAAACUACAGUAUUUAGCACUAACAUGAUAGACCCUCUUUUUAGUUACAGUAAUAGAAAUGCCAUGCACCAAAAUGGUAUGUCUAAUCGUUGUUUUUUCCCCCUAGUUACUUCCAUGCCACACCCCACAUAGAGGGAUUAUUUGUUUUAGAUUUAUUUAAACUCAGAAAUUAGGAGAUAGCUAAAUGAGGACUUCAACAAUUUUUAAGGCUUCAUUUAUCCCCAACUAAGGUCUGUCAAAUAUAUUUUUACCCAGAGACAAAGCUUUGUUGUUUCUAGCUGUGCCAAACUUUUUUUUUCAAGUCUUUGACUCUCCAAUCUGCAAAAUGAAGGCUAGUCACAUAUGAUCUGAACACACGCACAUUUUUUUAUAACUCUUAUGAAAAUGCCUGAACAAUUAAGCCCUUUCCAAUACUAUUAACACCAGAACAUUUUCUUUAAAAUAGUGCACCAUGUUUAGCUAUUUUCAUUUGGCCUUGUUUUUGAGUCAUUUUUCCUUCUGAAGAAUUCAUUUACUGUUCUUUUAUUUACAUGCUUAAAGUACAUAUAAGCAUGGGUUCUGUCAUUUAUUAUGGUAAACGAGUUGUAAUAUUGGCAAUUAAAUGAUGGGUUUUGCUGCCUUCACUCACUGAUGAGUUUACAGCAUUGCAUGGAUACUUACUUUAAUUUCAGAAAAUACCUUUGAUAAAUUGCAUGCAAUAAUUUCCCAGGUGUUGUAGAGAAACAAAACUGCACCCUUAAAUUACUGUUGUUAUUGAAGAAAAUUCUCUGAAUGCCAUUGGAGAUCCUGCAAAUUCCAUACUUCCAGGAGUAAAGAUUUAGAGGGUGUGCAGGAAAAACACCACUAUUUGUUAAUAUUUGGUUAUCUGCAGCAACAUAAUGCUGACCAUGUUCCUAAUUCUUGCUCACAAGUGACUGUGCAAAGCCUGGUAUGAACACAGGAUUGCCUGAGCUCUAGUGCUGGUUCUCAUGGUGAUUCUUUCUAAAGCUUUGAGCAAGUCAUCUAACCACUCUGCCUCAGUUUCCCCAUCUGUAAAAUGGGGAUGAUAAUACUUACCUACCUCCCAGAGGUGUUGUGAGGCUUCAUUCAUUUAAUGUCUUUGAAAUGUGCUUUGAAAAUGAAAAGUGCUAUAUAAAUGCUAAUUAUUAUUAUUUUUGGAUGGGUGGGAGGGGGGAAUUGUCCAGGUGAGCAGGGGAGAAGCUGGUGAUUAUGUGAAUUCUUCAUCUAUUAAAAGAAUAUUUGUAGCAUAGUUAUUUUGAGAAGGAAGAAAGUUUUACAGAAGAGGAAAGCCAUGACCACCUUUCUACCUCAGACCCAUCUUCAUGAAUAGUAUUGGAAAUAGCUUUAUGCUCUGUUCCCUGCAAGAUAUUUUGCUUUUACCAGGCCAGGUUGACAUCAAAGCAAAUAAAUCCUUUAUAAAGAAAUUCCCUGAAUUAAAAAGGUUUCAGUAAUCAA